AUGCCGUCGUUUGUCAUGCAUAACGUUAUUAUAAUAAACACCAAAGGAUUUGUAGUUGGGAUGAUGAGUUUCUUGAGCACGGGGGACCAAGCAGCCAAGGGCAACUAUGGCCUCCUUGACCUCAUUCAGGCCUUGAGGUGGACUAGUGAAAACAUUGGGUUCUUUGGUGGCGACCCGCUGAGAAUCACCGUUUUCGGAUCCGGUGCCGGCGGUUCGUGUGUCAAUCUCUUGACUUUAUCCCAUUAUUCUGAAGGACUUUUUCAACGGGCGAUAGCUCAAAGUGGAACGGCUCUCUCCAGCUGGGCAGUCAGUUUCCAACCUGCAAAAUAUGCCAGGGUGUUGGCCACAAAAGUCGGUUGCAAUGUGUCAGAUACGGUAGAAUUGGUAGAAUGUCUGCAGAAGAAGCCUUACCGAGAACUCGUUGACCAGGAUAUUCAACCAGCUCGGUACCACAUAGCCUUUGGUCCAGUCAUAGAUGGGGAUGUGAUACCAGAUGACCCUCAGAUAUUGAUGGAGCAAGGAGAGUUCCUCAACUACGACAUAAUGUUGGGCGUGAACCAAGGAGAAGGGUUGAAAUUUGUGGAAAACAUUGUAGACAGUGAAGACGGCAUAUCAGCCAGUGACUUUGACUUUGCAGUGUCCAACUUUGUUGACAACUUAUAUGGAUACCCUGAAGGCAAAGACAUAUUAAGAGAAACCAUUAAAUUUAUGUACACUGACUGGGCAGAUAGACACAACCCAGAAACAAGAAGGAAAACACUGUUGGCUUUGUUUACUGAUCAUCAGUGGGUUGCGCCAGCAGUGGCUACGGCAGAUCUCCAUUCAAAUUUUGGAUCACCCACAUAUUUUUAUGCCUUUUACCAUCAUUGCCAAACAGAUCAGGUACCUGCAUGGGCAGAUGCCGCCCAUGGGGAUGAGGUCCCUUACGUUUUGGGGAUCCCAAUGAUAGGUCCUACUGAAUUGUUUCCUUGUAAUUUUUCCAAAAACGAUGUCAUGUUAAGUGCAGUCGUGAUGACAUACUGGACAAACUUUGCAAAAACUGGGGAUCCAAAUCAACCAGUCCCACAAGAUACAAAGUUCAUUCACACGAAACCCAAUCGGUUUGAGGAAGUAGCAUGGACCAGAUACUCUCAGAAAGACCAGCUUUACCUUCAUAUUGGAUUAAAACCGCGAGUGAAAGAGCAUUACAGGGCCAACAAAGUGAACCUGUGGUUGGAACUGGUACCUCACCUGCACAAUCUUAAUGACAUUUCACAGUAUACCUCUACAACAACUAAAGUGCCAUCAACUGAUAUUACUUUCAGGCCAACGCGGAAAAAUUCACAAGAUGAUCCCAAGCAACCGCCGAGCCUAAUUUCCGGGGAUCAAAGAGACUACUCCACGGAGUUGAGUGUAACUAUUGCAGUUGGAGCAUCUUUGCUGUUCCUGAACAUUUUAGCCUUUGCAGCUCUAUACUACAAAAAGGACAAGAGGAGACAUGACGUCCACCGGAGAUGUAGCCCACAGCGCACUACUACCAAUGAUCUUACCCAUGCACAAGAAGAGGAAAUAAUGUCCCUCCAAAUGAAGCACACUGACUUGGGUCAUGAAUGUGAGUCCAUCCAUCCACAUGAGGUGGUUCUUAGGACCGCCUGCCCCCCAGACUACACACUAGCUAUGAGGCGGUCACCUGAUGAUAUUCCCUUAAUGACCCCCAACACCAUUACAAUGAUUCCCAACACUAUACCAGGGAUUCAGCCCCUACACACAUUUAAUACAUUUACUG